GACAGUCACCGAAAAACAAAGCAGCAAAAGACAGCGUCCACCAUUCACGGCGCCUCAAGCUCCUGCUCCACUGUCCGCGAUUAACUGCGCCUGGAGCUCCGCCGCUCGCCAUUCACCACGCCCGGAGUUCCACCAUCCGCGUUUCACCGCGCCUCGAGGUCCGCCGUCCACGAUUCACCGCGCCUCAAUCUCCGUGGUCCUCUAGUCCGAAUAUGCAUUCCUUCGGUUACAGAGCGAACGCUUUGUUCACGUUCGCCAUUACCAUUCUUGCCCUUGUGUGCGCUAUGGCUUCCCUCUCCGACAGCCUCAACUCCCCCUCUCCCUCUGCCCAUGUCCAGGUCUUAAACAUUAACUGGUUUCAGAAACAGCCCAACGGAAACGAUGAGGUCAGCAUGACAAUGAAUAUAUCAGCAGAUUUACAAUCUCUUUUCACAUGGAACACAAAACAGGUUUUUGUCUUUUUAGCUGCCGAGUAUGAAACUCCAAAGAAUUCUUUAAAUCAGAUAUCGCUAUGGGAUGGUAUCAUUCCCUCUAAAGAGCAUGCAAAGUUUUGGAUUCAUACUUCAAACAAGUACCGCUUCAUCGACCAGGGAAGGAAUUUGCGUGGUAAAGAAUUUAACUUGACUAUGCACUGGCAUGUUAUGCCAAAGACGGGCAAAAUGUUUGCAGAUAAAAUAGUCAUGCCGGGUUACCGUUUGCCAGAGGAAUAUAGAUGAUUCUUUCUUGUCUUGUUAAUGAUGUAUUACUUUAACUUUAGCCUUUUCUAUAAUGGAUAUAGAGGGUUACCUCAAGGAACUAGAAUCAGGAAACCCGUGAUUUGACAAAGUGGAAAUGAAAUUUUCUUGUGGUAUUUAA